AUGCCGGUGAAGGGAUCUUGCUCGGUGGCAGUCAAACGCGCAGUUCUCACUACGCUGACCGAGAGUUGCGGUUAUGCAAUAUUCCGACAAACAGCGCUGCACAUGGGAAUAGCUUCAGCAAGUGAGCCAUUCGCGAGGGCCAUUGACGCGCGUCGGCACUCAGCCGGUCAAGCUUCGCCUGGCGAAAAGCUAGAAAAAGCUAAUCGCCAAUUAUCUCGAUUCUCGAUGGCAGCCGACCAAUUUGCCGACCCACUCUGGCCCACCGAUAGAAAACGGCAACGAUCGACUCAGAAGGUUUAUCUAGGGAGAGCGGGAUGCAUGGCAGCAAACUCUGCGGCGGAAGCUGAACUGCUGGUCAGCGGCUCCAAUGCGCCAAUCGCAUCCCUUGCUUCAGAGACGGGGUUCUUCGUUGACCAGAGCAAACAGUCAGUGUGGGUCGGCAUCCAUACUAUCGAUGACCCAGGAGUCCAGGACCAACCCGGUCCGGUUAGCAGAGUGGCAAUGAACCGCCCUGAGAGCAGAGAUUUCAAAAGCUGCUUAAUAGUGAGCAAUUUCUUAGCCUUCAUCUCUCAUAUUGGGAAGCAGUCCGAUCCACCUGAAUACGAGAAGGCCUGUGAUCCGUCAGCUGCAGUGCCGGCUACUUUCCAGAGAUGGGAGUUACUUUUGCCUUACCUCCUCCUUUUCCUGAAGGUCCCUUCAGGGAUGGCGUAUUUUGGCUUGCUGCCUUUCGUUCUCCAUUUUUGGUUGUCAGGAAUCACAAUUAAGAUCGCAAUCAACCCGUGGGCAUGCAAAAUGGGCGAUGAGAUUGAUAAUAACAGUGAUCAUGUCAACAGCACAAUAACAAACAAGCCUUUGCCUAGGACUUGGCGUAAUUUAUCACGGGUCCCUACAUGCCGUUGCCUUGAACUGACAUGA